GAGCGCUUGUGAAACUUCGAAACUUCGUGUACUAAGUGUCAGAACCGCUCUUCAGCUUGAAGGAAUCUUCAAAAACUGUCAACGUUCUACAUAACAGUACCAAGAAAGACAAGAGAAGUCAUUAAGCAUCGAUUUCGAAUAAAACUUCUCCGAUCGUGAAGGAAAUCAGAGAAACCGGCUUAGCACGCGGUGGGUUAGUUCACGUCACCGAACUGUUUAGAAGAACCUGUGCGUUCGUAACCCACGAGAAGAAAAGUAAUAAAUCGUCAAUCAUCGACGAGAUCUGAGUUAUCAACAACUUAUCAACAGCGUUAAAAGUUCCUUAGAACGGACAGAUCCGAACACAGCAGAAGUUAGCUACACGCAGGACUACACCACGAUCAACAUGGCAGAAUAUUUAAUAAGUGGUCACACAAGCUAUGUGCCAGAAGACGGGCUCACCGCGAAUCAGUUGUUUGGUAACGGCGCAGGUUUGACGUACGAUGACUUCCUUAUUUUACCGGGAUUCAUCGAUUUCACAGCGGACAGUGUUGAUCUCACAUCGGCGCUUACAAAAAAACUUUCUCUGAAAACACCGCUUGUCAGUUCGCCGAUGGACACCGUGACAGAAUCGAAGAUGGCUAUUGCCAUGGCCCUUCAUGGUGGUAUAGGAAUACUCCAUCAUAACUGCAGCAUGGAAUUCCAAGCUAACGAAGUUCGCAAGGUCAAGAAGUUUGAGCAAGGAUUCAUCAGUGAUCCCAUAGUUCUUAGCCCGGGUCACACUGUACGUGAUGUCAUGGACAUCAAAAAGAAGUGUGGUUUUUCUGGAAUACCGCUGACAGAUUCUGGUCGUCUCGGCGGUGUUUUAGUUGGAAUUGUCACGUCACGUGACAUUGACUUUCUCAGUGAGGAUGACUACGGUUUAACGCUGGACAAAGUCAUGACACCGUGGGAACAGCUUAUUGUGGCCCAUUCAGGAUGCACGCUAAAGGAAGCCAAUCAGAUCCUUCAAAAAAGUAAAAAGGCAAAGCUUCCCAUUGUCAACGAUAACGGAGAACUAGUGUCGCUGAUGGCGCACACGGAUCUCAAGAAAAACCGCGAAUAUCCCCUGGCGUCAAAAGAUAAGAAGAAACAGCUCCUGGUCGGAGCCGCGGUGGGCACGCGUGAGGAAGACAAGCACAGAAUCGAGGCUCUGGUGCAAGCUGGUGUCGAUGUGAUUGUACUGGACUCGUCCCAGGGAAACUCGACUUUCCAAAUCGAUCUCAUAAAGUACACCAAAGAGAGAUACCCGGAUCUUCAGAUCAUUGCAGGAAAUGUUGUAACCGCUGCCCAGGCAAAGAACCUCAUAGACGCGGGCGCAGAUGCAUUGCGCGUGGGAAUGGGAAGUGGUUCAAUUUGUAUCACACAAGAGGUGAUGGCAGUCGGUCGGCCCCAGGCUACAGCCGUCUUCCGGGUCGCGGAGUACGCGCGAAGGUUUGGGGUACCUGUGGUUGCUGACGGCGGAAUCAGAUCCGUUGGUCACAUUACCAAGGCGCUUGCUCUCGGCGCUUCGACCGUCAUGAUGGGCUCACUCCUGGCGGGUACCACAGAAACCCCUGGCGAGUACUUUUUCUCGGAUGGCGUGCGACUGAAAAAGUAUCGAGGUAUGGGCUCACUGGACGCCCUCGAACACGGAUCAAGUCAAAGUCGUUACUUCGUGCAAAGCCAAAGAAUGAGAGUAGCGCAAGGGGUGUCGGGUACCGUGCCGGACAAGGGGAGUGUCCACAGCUUUGUGCCAUACCUCUACACGGGCCUGCAACAUGGCUGCCAAGAUAUGGGCACACAGAGCCUCUCUGCAACACGAUCCAUGAUGUACAGCGGUCAACUCAAGUUUGAGAAGAGAUCUCCCUCGGCACAAGUCGAAGGAGGCGUCCAUGGUCUGCAUUCCUACGAGAAAAGGCUGUAUUGACGAAUCCGAUGAAUUAAAUUCGUUUAAUUGCGUGACAUUUCUUUGAAGAGAAACUUGUGUGGACUUGAAUAAACAGCGUCACUCUCCGCUCGCUCAAUUCUUCCGCUCAAAAGAUGAAUUAUAUUCUACACAAAUUCUAUAUUGAAGGCAUUGAUUUAAGUUAGCAGAGACCAUGUGUAAUUUUACCAGCACGCAAGGAAAUUCAAAAUCGAGGAUCGACCAAUCAUGGUACCACAUAGAUCUCUGUAGACCUACGUCAUCAGCACCAGAAUUUUUGUAGAAUCCUCAACCUCGUUGCCAGGAGAGAGAGCCUGAGAACGAAGUUCUGGACCUCUUGAGAGAGGGAAGAAAAGAGCCGAAACGAAGGGAAGGAAAAUGACAGUCAGCAGACAUGAAUUUAGUUUGAAGGAGCGAAGUCACGGUUUGUUCAUCUGGCAAUAUUGAGCCUAAGUUUUUCAAGGUCGUCGUUUGUAAUCCGUGUUACUCUUCUCCAUCCUUAGCCAUCCUUGUUCCUUCAUGGUUUAUUAUUAUUAUCUCUGAGGUGUUUUUCUAUCUAGUAAACUACUAUUUUCAGGUUUCGUUCAAUUUAAAAGUAAUUUUGUGCGCGGCCAAAAAACUGCGAUUGAGCUCCUUUAGCGUUGAUUGAAGUUGUGUGCCGUUUUCCAAAAUUGCUCUGCGAAAGUUACCAGCUGUUUCGAACUGGUUAAGAAAUUGUGCAAGAAGAGUUGUUAUUUUGAUAUAUGGCAAUACUGUUUCUAUCUGUUGUAGUUUUUGAGAGGCGAGUUUUUUUUCAUAACUGUUAAAGCUGUUAAUAUUUACUGUGAAUAUUUACAGUUUGCUGGUCGCACAUCAGCCAAGAUAUUAAUAUUGCUUUGCAAAAGAAUUAUAAUAAAGUGGUAUUUUCAGAAAAAAAUGGUUGUAUUUUGGAGAGAUUAAUAUCCCUUAAAAUAUACUGUACUUAAUUUUUCUGAAACAAACAAAAGCCUCAAUGGUCUCGAACUGAACGGUGAAAGAAGUUAACUCGACAUUAUUCUUUAAUUAACAUCAGUCUGACUCACUCAUUCAUUCACCUCGAGUUCACCCUCUAAUUGUCUCGUCGACCGCGAUGCAACCAAUCAGAUUCGCGUAUUUUUAACUAAAACAUGUGUCCAGUGAAGGUUGAUACACCUGAGGGAACGCUGGCAAAUAUAAUAGGGACGCCAAGUACGACGCGUAGAAAAAAAAGGAACUUAUAUUUUACCUUCGAAUUUCGCAAUUGUCUAGAUCUGUUCAGUGCGCCUAUCGGUCUCAGAACUUGCUCAAGCUACAUAUGCAACGCCAGCGUUCAACUCCAAUUGAGCCGCCGCCGUUCGCGUUCCCCAAAAUACUCAGAACUUAGUUACUUCACGUUGUUGUUGUGCAGAGGACGGCAAAGAAAUGAGCCAAAGAUCUAUAACGCAAGUGCUGGUUGCGUUCUCAGUGCUGUUGCCUUCGUGGUUUGCUUAAGUUCUUUAUUAUGGCGGGAAAGGGGACUUUCUUGCGAAAAGUUUCUUCAUGUGAUCAGAAGAGUUUCGCCAUGUCAGCAUGUCCUCGUGACCUCUUAUCUGUUGUUGAUCGAUCUUCAUAUGGCUAAUACUUCGACUACGAUGCGUUCAAGCGGAUUCAACAAGUUGGAGCUUUGUUCCUAUGCAGAUAUUUUAUUCCAGAAAUGAGACUUUCUCUAUCCAGGGGUACAGAUGUGUAUUGACGUUAAAAAACCCAAGUCAUUCGGUGGCGCCGAUGAAAUUUCACACCGAAUCGAGUAGAGCGCAAAGGAAAAUCUUCGACAAAGGAAGAAGGAUACUUUAUUAAGUGCAGGGGGUCCUUGCAACAACCCCUGUCGCCUCAUACUACAAAACGCAAUUUCUUAAAUAAGAACUGACAGAUCAUGCCUUAUAUUACAUACUGUGCCGCUAAAUAUGUCUUAAAAGUUACAGGAUAAGGCAACAUAAAAAGGACACAUUUCGAUUUUUUUUUAUUCAAAUCGACACACUUUUACACUAACAAUGUAUCAACAUCAUAAAUUUCUAAUUACGGCAACCUGCACCGAUUUUAAACACAAAGGCUCAUUGGUAACGACAAACCUUAGACUUAUAGGGGAUGACAUUAACCCCCUCAAAACACUGGACAAGCUUGCUUUCUCCCUUGCUUUUUUUUUUUUUUUUUUUUUUUUUUUCGCUGCGCUUUUUUCAUCAAUUUGAAAUUAAAUUCAAGAAAUAAAGCAAAUUAUAAAUAUUUCUCUAAUUCACACAUCUUUUUAGCUAACGUAACAUCGCACUCAUCAGGGCUGUAUAACUGUGUUUUACAACCCUUUUGUCUUAAACGAUCUUCAUAUAAAAAAUAAAAAUGCGUUUUUUAACGCUUUCGAAUCUGUUCAACAAUGUUUUAUCGACUCUUUUAUUUGAAAUAAAAGAUUGUCAAACAAAAAAAGAAAUGCCACUGACUGUCAACUUUAACACGCAUUUGAUGCGCAAAUCAGCAAAAUAAACCACGCAAAGAAAACAUGAAACUAUUCUAGUUAUCACACCGGCACAUUCUUGCUUUGGUCCAAAGAAAACUAGAAAAACCAGCUUCCAAAUAAAAACAACAAACAAAAACCUAACCCCACAAGUUUAAACACACCCCACGUUUUCAGCACACCUAAAAUAGUUACAUCUCCUUAGAAAGCACUGACGUGAUGAAUGACGAAAGCACAAUGUUAAGCACUCGAUACCUUACAAUCACUCUAGUCCUCGAAGCAUAGCCAAAGCUUAGUAAUACAGAAAAAAACAAAUUUAUAUCGGUAAAAAGCUCGCUCCUAGUCUGUGGCUUUCAGCCCGAAAAGGCAAAGUCUACAGUUUCUGGGGCUAAACUGACAACUGUUUGCAGCCAUAAUGAUUUGUAAUCAAAGUAGCUGUGUAACCACAUCACGCAGAUAGCAUGCAAAAUUUAGCUACAUUGAUGUGUGUUGUCUGCACGUACGGCUCCAUUGUGAUGACAGACGACGGAAAUCAUAAGACCGUGGGUGGAAUUUCCCGCACAUUCACGCGGCGAUAAUGGAUGAAGUCUGCGAGGUUGCCACGAACCACAAUCACGUACCACGGACGAUAACAAUGAGUAAAAGUACCAUACCGUAAGAUAUUUGACUUCCUUAAAUACUUCACGCUUAUCAACUGACGGGAAAUGGCGAUAAAUUGUGGCACGUACUGACUUGAAGUCUGUGAACGUCUGUCCUGCUUCGUCAAGAAAAAUACUGAUUUAUCUUCAGUUAAGGGUGCAGAUGAAAAGAAGGUUAUGAAGGCUAUUGUGCAAAUGAGAGUGAAAUAAAACUCCGUUUAGAGACCCGUUAGACGAUGAAACAUGUGAGCCCCCUAUGCGUAGUCUUGGGCUAAGCGGAGUUGUUGUUGAAGCAAAUAGUGGAUAUUUUUCAUCAACAAAACUUUGUUUGUAUAAAACUUCUGAGUGCUUGUUAGCAUUUAGCAGUAAUUUAAGUUUCCCUGACUGGCUAAUUCAUACGCACGUGUAAAUUUCGUUCACAUAUCUGGAAUAUGGUCGCUCACGAGAAAGUCUACAGGCCACACCUAAAUGAUGUGCUUACAGUGCGCAAUGCAGGACGUCCAGGGACGUCUUGCCGGAAAAACACCUUCCGAUUUAAACGUCAAUUCGUACGUUUUUAAGAUUAAAAUUCCUCCAGUCCAUUACGAACUUUGCGUCGCCCGGAAAUACCAAUAGAGAGGCUCACAUUUUUCAGCACUUUUCAGUAUCGUAAUUGAAGAACCUCACUAUCUAGAACUCGGUUAUCGCAAACUUCCCGCUACUUUUCACUUACGGUUAUCUCGAGCACCCGACAACUCCAAUUAUUUUCCUUUAUCUCUUAAGAGCUCGAGAUAACGGA